UCAGUAGAUAAGUUGUGAUAUACUGACAGACACCCGCGUUCUUGAGAGUGAAUACGCGCAUAGCUUGUGGGAUAGCAGCUGUUUUAAAUUUGGGUGUUAAGUAUUUGCAAUUUUUUGUUAGUUUUUUUAUGCUAACAAAUUAUUAUACAAAUUAAGUUUGUUGUAAAAUGAAGAAAAAUAAACCGAUUUUAUAUGAUCCACUAAUAAUUAACAGAGUACGAAAGUAUUUGGAGGAUAACGUCGAUAAGACUUACUUAGAUGUUGGUGUAAUGACAAAAGACCUUCAAGAUCAAUAUAUUGAAUAUUCAAGACGUAAAGUGGGACCUUUUCGUACAUUGGUUGAACAAGCAUAUCGCAUCGUUUCUGAAAGUUACGGUUUAGAUGAACGCGGAUUUGAGAGCGGCGAUAGUGGUUCAGAUUUAGAAAUGAUGGAAGAAUCAGCAUCCACAAAGAAAAAUUUAAUGGGCGAUAUGUUAAAUCAACUUUAUGCAAAGAAUAAAAAUCCAACUAAUGCUAAAGAUUCCGCAGAAGGUGAAGCAAUUGACAUAAGUAGUGAUGAAAGCUCUGAUGAGGCACCUACAAAUGGCAAAAAUGGCAAAUCCCAAAUGAAAUUGGCCAAAUGUUUGAAGAGUUCUGAUAGUACAGUGAAUAACGAAUUGAAUUCAGAACGUCCAUUGGCUCAAAAGCAUGGAAAAGCAGAAAAUUCAACACAGCCUGCCAAAAAACAAAAAAUGGAUGCUGACUUUUUAGCGAAUAAACAGAGCUCACAAAACGAAUGUCAAUUAUAUCAGAUAUUAGCAAUGCAACAAAAGGCGCGUAAAUAUAAAAAAGACGUUCAAUUGCAUAAGUCAAGAGAAGAUUUUAACGAUAUUGGUGGCAUGGAGAAAAAUUUGAAGGAAUUAUGUGAGGUCUUGUUACAUCUGAAAACACCAGACGUCUAUUAUGCACUUGGUUUGGUACCACCACGUGGAAUUUUACUACAUGGCCCUACUGGUUGUGGCAAAACGCUACUUGCGCAUGCUAUAGCUGGUCAAUUAAAUCUAUACAUGAUUACAGUACCUGCAACGGAAUUGAUUUCGGGUAUUUCAGGUGAAUCUGAAGAAAUGAUUCGUAAUGUUUUUGAACAAGCUCGAAUUUGUUCUCCAUGUGUUCUUUUUAUUGAUGAAAUUGAUGCUAUAUGUGGGAAUCGUUCAAAUGCACAAAAAGCCAUGGAGCAUCGUGUAGUAUUACAACUGAUAUCUUGUUUGGAUGAGUUAAAACAAACUAUAAAUGGUCAAUCGGUUUUAGUUAUUGCAGCUACUUCUCGACCAAACGAAUUGGAUCCUGCAUUGCGUCGAGUCGGACGCUUUGAUCACGAAGUAGCUAUAGAGAUUCCAAACCGACGUGAUCGCAAAGAGAUAUUAAGUAUUAUAUGUGAAGGUAUAAGUUUGGAAGCAAAAUGCGAUUUUGAUAAAAUAGCUGAGUUAACACCCGGUUAUGUUGGAGGUGAUUUAUUGGCAUUAGUAUCGCGUGCAGCUACUAUUGCAGUAAAAAAGAAAUGUUCAGAACAAAUGCGUAAGUUUCGAGAACGAGAACAAGAAAAUAUAACGUUUGUAGAUUUGGACGACGAAGAAAAUGAAGAAACUGACAAAGCAAAUAAAUCUGGGAAAGAAGACAAAACAAAUGAUUUGGUAACAAAUAAUAACGAAGCUAAAAACUCUGAUGAAAAAACAACAACAGAAGAAGAAACAUUGGAAAAAGAAAAGAACGGGUCGGAAUCAAAAGAUUCUGAGAAUAAGAAAACUGAUGCUGUAGAGGAAUCUGCUGUAGAUAAAAUGGAAAUUGAUGAGGAACAGGCGAAAGAAGAAGAAACAAUUGAUGCCGAAAGUAAUGAAUUAAAAUUACAGAAAGAAAAUGACGAUGACGCAAAAAAACAAUGUGUCAAAAAAGAAAACAUUCCAGAACCAUCUUUAUUCGAAAUGAUAAAUUGGCUUGAAAAUCCACCUGAAGAAAUAAUGGUGGUAGAUAAAUUUUAUAUAACACUUGAUGACUUUUUGGAUGCUAUAAAAUUAACAAAACCUAGUGCUAAACGUGAAGGUUUCAUUACUGUUCCUGACGUGACAUGGGAAGAUAUUGGGUCUUUACAGGAAAUACGUGAUGAGUUAAAAUUAGCCAUUUUAGCACCUGUCAAAUUCCCAGAAAAAUUAGAAAUACUUGGUUUAUCUGCACCUUCAGGUGUUUUGUUAUGCGGACCACCUGGUUGUGGUAAAACUCUCCUCGCUAAAGCUAUUGCUAAUGAGGCUGGUAUUAAUUUCAUAUCCGUAAAGGGACCAGAACUAAUGAAUAUGUAUGUUGGUGAAAGUGAACGUGCAGUACGCGCUUGUUUCCAACGUGCCAGGAAUUCAGCACCUUGUGUAAUUUUCUUCGACGAAUUUGAUUCACUCUGUCCAAAACGUUCAGAUAGUAACGAAAGUGGGUCAGGUACACGAAUAGUGAAUCAAUUAUUAACCGAAAUGGAUGGUGUUGAAGAUCGUCAGGGUGUUUAUAUUUUAGCUGCAACUAAUCGCCCAGAUAUUAUUGAUCCUGCUAUAUUACGUCCUGGCCGUUUAGAUACAAUAUUGUAUGUAGGUUUACCAAAAGAAAACGAUCGUGCAGAAAUUCUUAAAGCAACCACAAAGAAUCGUACGCGACCUUUGUUGUCAGAAGAGGUCGAUUUUGUUGAAUUAGCCAAGAAGACUGAUGGAUUCACAGGAGCUGAUUUGGCAGGUUUGAUGCGGCAGGCCGCUAUGUUAGUGCUUAAAGAUGGACUAAAUUCUGAUUUUAAGGAAGAAAAUAUGUGUGUUGGAAAUAAGCAUAUUGAAGCAGCACUAAAAAUGUUACGACCAUCGAUAACAGAGAAGGAUCGAAAAAUUUACGAAAAUUUGCGUUUCAAAUAUGCUGCGCCUCGUGUUCCAGAUUUAAUAAAUAAUUGAUUAGUUUAUUAAAUAUUGCCUUUGAGAUAACCGAACUUUUGUUAAUAUACGUUACUACAUCUCAUAUUGAAACAUAAUUAAAUUUAAGUAAUUUUUAUUAUUAGUA